UGACUUUUUGUCAUUUUUAAAUUUCCUGAUGUCACAGGGGACGGAACCCAGAAGACAGAUGCCGGCAUCCCCCGGAGGACAUUACAUGGGACACUGCAGGAGGGACAUUGCGGGAGCGCAGGACAAGGUAAGAGAAGAACAGAUCCCGGAGCUGCACCACAUGGUAAGCCCGAUUGUAGCUCGGGGUUACCACUUUUGGUAUUCCUGAGUGUAGCUCGGGGUAAAGUUUCAGCACCACAAGCGGUAACCCUGAGCUACACUCGGGAAUACCUUGCAGCGUUGCUCCAGGAU